GAUUUGCACGAUACCGAGUUUCAGAAACUGUACCGACUAACUCCAGAUAUAGUCAUGGAUAUUACAAAUAUUUUAAGACCACUUUUAGAGCAUGGGCAUUUAAAUAGUCUCAGUCCUGAACGUCAGAUUUUAACAGCACUCAGAUUUUAUUCUAUUGGCUGCUUUCAAGGAGCAAUCGGUGAACAGUGGGAUAUUGCGAUUAGUCAACCAUCCGUCAGCCGUUGCAUACGCCACGUGACUAAUGCAAUUAAUAAUGUUUUACUGCGACAAUGGGUUAGAUUUCCCAUGACGGACAUUGAACGUCAUCAUGCUAGAGAAAAAUUCAGAUUAGCUCCACAACCAUUUGUUGGCGCUAUUGGGGCUAUAGAUUGUACAUACAUAAAUAUAAAAGGUCGGAUACAACAUGAAGAAGCUUAUGUUAAUCACUGGGGUGAUCACACAAUCAAUACACAAGUCAUCUGUGAUCCUGAUUUGAAAAUUUUAAAUGUAAAUGCACGAUAUCCUGGCGCACGACAUGAUGCGUACAUAUGGUCAAAUUCACCAGUACGCCGUAUAAUGGAGCGAAAAUUCAAUAAUGGAGAACGUAAUACUUGGUUGAUUGGUGAUGAUGGAUAUAGUCUCGAACCGUGGUUAAUGACUCCCUUGAAACAUGAACAACCAAACACAUCAAGAUUUCAGUAUAAUGAGGAGUUAUGUAGCGCCAGAUGUUGUGUUGAAAGAUUAUUUGGUACAUGGAAAGCUAUAUUUCGAUGUUUGUCAGCGCAAAGACGUUUGAUGUAUGAACCAGACAUGGCCGGCAAAAUAGUAAAUGCAUGUGCUGUUUUGCACAAUAUUAGGAUUGCGAAUCGGUUGCUAGAUGUGGAAGUUGAUGUUAAUGAAGUAGAAGCAUAUCGACACGCAAAUAGGCCUAAUAUGGCGGUUGAACAGGAUGAUAGAGGCAACCUCUUUCAAGGACAGGCACGCGCUACUUGUAUACAGGAACGUUUUAUCGCUCAUGAAUAUGGCAAUAUUCGUGAGAAUGUAACAUAUUUUAAUAUCUUCGUCGUUCAAUUUUUUAUUUUGUUAUUUGUAAUAUAAAUAUUGAAUACGCGAAUAAAAUAAAAUAUGAUUAAACAAAUAUGA